AUGGAUGAAGAAGAUGCAGAGAAAACAACAUUCAUUACACCUUGGGGAGUCUACCAUUAUCGAGUUAUGCCGUUUGGCCUCAAGAAUGCUGGAGCCACUUACCUGAGAGCUAUGACCACCAUUUUCCAUGAUAUGAUCCACAAAGAAAUUGAGGUGUAUGUGGACGAUGUCAUCAUAAAAUCCCGUGAGAUUUCGAAUCAUCUGACGCACUUGGAAAAGUUCUUUGACAAGUUACGUAGCAAUCGAGGGAAAGCCUUGGCCGAUCACCUUGCUGAAAACCCAGUAGAUGAAGGAUAUGAACCACUUAAAACGUAUUUCCCUGAUGAAGAAGUAUUGUUUGUAGGAAAAGACAUAUCAGAAUCAUAUCCAGGGUGGAGAAUGUUCUUUGAUGGAGCAGUUAACUCUAGAGGAUCAGGAAUUGGAGCAGUAUUGAUAUCUGAAUCAGGGCAACAUUAUCCAGCAACAACGAAGCUUAUAUUUCGAUGCACGAAUAACAUGGCUGAGUACAAAGCUUGUAUUCUUGGCAUCAAGAUGGAUCUUGACAUGAAUGUUCAAGAAUUACUUAUAAUUGGUGAUUCAAAAUUGUUGAUUCAUCAAGUCCAAGGAGAGUGGGCCAUGAAGAAUCCUAAAAUCUUACCUUACGUACAAUUUGUAUGGAGGUUAUGCAAAAGAUUUUGGAAGACCGAGUUUAGACACACCCCGAGAAUACAGAACGAGUUUGUUGAUUCCCUCGCAACCAUAUCAUCCAUGAUACAACACCCAGAAAAGAGUUACAUUGACCCAAUUGAGAUAGGUUUAAAAGAACAACCAGCACAUUGUUUACAUAUGAAAGCGGAAUCGGAUGGAAAUUCGUGGUAUAUGAUUGUCAAAAGGUACUUACAAGCUGGUGAAUACCCCAAAAAAGCAACAAGUAGCCAAAACAAAACAAUUCGAAGAAUGGCAAACAACUUCUUUUUGAAUGGGGAGAUUCUUUAUAGGAGGACUCCCGAUCUAGGAUUACUGCGAUGUGUAGAUGCUGUAGAAGCCACAAAAUUGCUUGAAGAAGUGCAUGCUGGAGUGUGUGGGACGCACAUGAAUGGGUUUACAUUAUCAAAGAAAAUCUUAAGGGAGGGAUAA